AUGGAAACCAGGGGCAUCCGCACGCGGGUUGCCAACGCAUGCGACAUAUGCAAGGUGCGGAAGAUCAAAUGCAGCGGUGCUACGCCCUGCGGAUACUGCGUUAGACGGCGGCAGCCCGAGAAUUGCCGUUACACGGCCACUCGUCGCCGACCAAGGCCCCGCCCGGACGACAUUGCCAAUGUUGCCACCGCCAGCGACCGUGCCUCGUCAUCUCCGGCAGCUUCGGCUCCAUCCACUCGCACCAACAGCCGUCCGGAGUUGUCGUCGAAUCCGGCACAGUCCAAUCCAACCUCUAUUACCGCCGAUUCGGCCACCACCACGGGCAUAUCGCCGGUGGUGCGCACUGCAGGUCCGUCACGACCUGCCACGCGUGACCGUCCCCAGCUGCCGCGGGAUGCCGCCCUUGGAGCCCUCGAGGAGCACGAAGAGACCGAAGUCCCUCGUGACGCACGCCUGCUGUGUGAUGCCCAGGGCAAGCUCAUCUUCAUCGGCGACUGCGCACCUCUCUCGUUUUUUCAGACUGUCCGCCGACUGGUCACGAGCCGCGUCGAUGCACACGCUUUUGCCCCCGAAACCAGCGGCUACUCGACGCUCGAAAAUGUCUUCUCCCGCCCUAGCGCCUCUGGAAGCUACGGUGCUAAACCCCCGCCAGUCAAGGUGCCCAUCCGACCUACCGUGUCGGCCUACUUCGAGGUGACGACCGGAUUGUUUGACCUCUUUGACAAUGCUCGUCUAGCCGACGACCUUUCUGCCUGGACUGAGCAUCAGCUUCGCCCGCCAGACAAGGCUCUUGAUGUUGGCUCGGCCGUGAACUACCUUGUCCUUGCCAUUGGCUGUCAGAAAUCGGAUGAGAGCACCGCCGAGCUGUACUUUGACUAUGCCCGCCAGCUCGCCUUUGCCAGCCUGAGCGGCGACCUAGGAGUUUCCAGCGUCCAGGCCUUCAUGCUCAUCAGCUUCUACUCGCUUGGGGCAUGCCAGAUCAACGCCGCCUUUCUGUUCUUUGGAAUUGCAGCGCGGGCAGCCUACUCGAUUGGGAUACACCGGACCGCUGUCAACGCCAGGUUCGACCCCGAGAUCCAUCGGCAAAGAGACCGCCUCUGGAAGAGCUUGCGCGUAUUGGAUCUGUUCCUUAGCACAUCCAUGGGCCGCCCACCCGCCACUUCAGACGUCGAUUGCACCGUACCAUACCGGGCGCAGGACCAGGCCGGCAACGAGAAGUUUGAUCUCUUGAACGCCUCGGCCCAAAUCUUCCUUGUCAUAGAAUCCAUUGUGCUGGAAGUAUACUCUCGGCGAAAGAUAUCUCCCCGGCUGACCGAGGGCAUUUCGCGAGAGCUUCGAGAUUGGUCAACUCGCUGGUUGCAACGCUUGAAGAGCGUGAUUGAUGAGACGUCAUCCGAGCAUCAACCCGGCAUGAUAAACGGCGCCUGCCAGAUCCUCUCAUCGUAUUACUAUGCCGUGAUUCUGGUUUCCCGGCCGUUUCUCAUGGUUGAGCUGCAUCGACGACUGUCGGGAGAAUACUCGUUAGCUGCGCCCACUGGUCUCACAACUGGCAAGGCCAAGCUCGCUGACGCCUGCAUCGAUGCCGCCAUCUUGAUGGUAGGAGCGGUCCAAGAUCUCACUGAGCGAGGCCUCAUGACACGACGCGCCCCUGUAAUAGUCUCUUGGCUCUUUGCCUCGUCCCUGGUGUUAGGUGUAGGGCUCUUGGGCGGAUUCGGGCGAAUCAUCGAAAAGCACUGCCGCGCUUCUAUAUGUGCUCUGGAGUAUUUCGCCCUGUCCGAUGCGCAUGCCGUGCAGUAUUCUCUCAUUGCCAAGUCUCUCCUUAGGACAGCUUUGGAGCACCUCGAGAGGAAGGAGAUGCAAGAACGGCUGCAGAGAACCGAGGUUUCGUCCCAGCUCUUUGGCCUCAUACCCCAUGCGUGUCUCAGAACCUCGGCGGGCCGAGGCGACCGGAAGCUGUCCGAGGAUGACCAUGACGCAGCUUCCAGCGACGGUUCCGCUUCAAAGGGACCGAGCCGUACUGAUAACGCACGCCUUGAGCAGGCCAGUGGCCCACGCUUUAAUUUUGACUUUGAGUCGGCUUUCCUCGGUUUGACCGAGGCCUUUCCCAGAACACCAGACUUCUCAUUCAGCGGCAAUUCCCUCAACCCUGAUGCCGACCAGACUUUUGGGGCUAUGAACCUCUUUCCGCUGCUCGAAACGGACGGUCACAUUGACCUAGCUAGCUAUUUCUGA